ACUAGUGGUGUGUGGCUCACUGGCUAUAGACUUUAGGAACGCGGGUCUCGUCCAGCUCGUGGCUCUUUCCCCAAUUCUUUGCGAAGCUUCAAUUUCUUUCUCUCCAAAACUACUUGUGUAUACUGUGUAUAUUGCAUCCAUUCAUUGUAUCAAUCACGCUAAAAUACCCCCAAAAAAUGUUCUGCCGCAACGCCACGUCGGCAGCAUCUACGGCUGGCCGUUCAAUCGCCGCAGCACAGCGGAGUUUCGCAACGGCCGCCCCCGUGAGCCCUGUGGCACGCAGUCAUAAGGUCGUCGUCGUCGGCGGUGGCACGGCCGGCCUGGCUAUCAGCCAUCAAUUGCUUCGCUCCGGCAAAUUCGCCCAAGAUGACAUUGCCGUCGUCGAUCCUUCCAUGUGGCAUCACUACCAACCCGGCUGGACCCUGGUCGGUGGUGGUGUCAAGACCAAGGAGGAUCUGCGCCGCCCAAUGCACGACUUGAUUGACCCCAAGUUCAAGUUCUACAACGAGAGCGUGGGCACCUUCCUGCCGGAGAACAACUCCAUCACCCUGGGCAAUGGUGACAAGGUCAACUACGAACACCUGGUGGUUGUCCCCGGUAUCAGCAUCAACUAUGGCAGCGUCAAGGGUCUGCCUGAGGCACUCGCCAACCCGGAUUCUCUGGUCUCCUCUAUCUACGGGUAUGACACCUGCGACAAGGUCUUCUCCACCGUGGAAAAGCUGCAGAAGGGCAACGCCAUCUUCACCCAACCCGCGGGAGUCAUCAAGUGUGCCGGCGCCCCCCAGAAGAUCCUGUGGAUGGCCCUGGACUACUGGAAGCGGGCUGGUCUGUACAACCCCAGCAACCCCGCCAGCUCGCCCAUCAACAUCAGCUUUGCCACCGGUAUGCCCUCCAUGUUCGCCGUCGCCAAGUACGGCGCUGCCCUCGAGGCUAUGCGCAAGGAGAGGGGCGUUGAAGGUUUGUUUCAGCACGACCUGGUCGCCGUCGACGGCAACAAAGCCACUUUUGCCCGCCCCGAUGGCCAGGAGCAGGUGACGAGACAGUUCGAUCUUCUGCACGUCGUGCCUAAGAUGGGUCCCCACGCGUUUGUCAAGGACAGCGCUCUGGCCAACGAGGCCGGCUAUGUCGAUGUUGACGCCGGCACUACCCGCCACACCAAGUACGCCAACGUCUGGUCCGCUGGUGAUGCGUCCAGCCUGCCCACCUCCAAGACGGCGGCCGCCAUCACAUCCGAGGCCCCCGUUCUCGUGCACAACUUGCUGCGCUCCAUGGAGGGCAAGGCUACUGAUGCGGUUUAUGAUGGUUACGCCUCUUGCCCCCUGGUUACGGAGUACGGCAAGGUCCUGCUUGCAGAGUUCAAGUAUGGUGGUGAGCCCAAGGAGACCUUCGGCAACUGGUUCGGUAUUGACCAGGCUGUUCCUCGUCGCUCUUUUUACCAUCUGAAGAAGCAUUUCUUCCCCUGGGUGUACUACCAGUCCUUGGUCAAGGGCACUUGGGCGGGGCCUAAGGGGUGGACGAACUAGGGUAGAAGUCGGAUGUUAGAUAUGACCGUGUACAAUAUUAGUUAGCGUUAUCAUCAAAUAUUAGCGAUGUGAAAUUGUC